UGACCUGUGGUUAUCAGUGACAUAAGACGCUAUUCUGGCUCAGCCCAGUAGGGAAGGAGGCCUGUUUGUUUGGGUGGUUGGACUCUAACCUGGGCUUUAGACAGGCUAUUAAUUAUCCUUGGGAAAGUGGCCCCCUCGGGUGCUCUGUGGCUUCAAGUUUCCAGCCCUUCCUCAGAGAAUGUGGCUGUAGAACCUUCUAGCCUUUGACUUCCUAGGCUUGGCUGCUUUGACUUAUCAACCUGAUGAGGAUUUAUAAGAAGAAAAGGCAGUAGCUGGAACUCUCCAUGGAUAAUUUACAGUACAAUACAACGAAUUCUACUUCCCAGUUACGGUUUACAGUGGGCAGCCACAUUCCAGCCAGCCACCUAGGUUCGCACUCCACAGUGAUCAUCUCAUUUCAUCAACACAGAACCCCAUGAGCGUGAAUGAGCUCUACGUUGAUGACCCGGACAAGGACAGCGGGGGCAAAAUUGACGUCAGCCUGAACAUCAGUUUACCCAAUUUGCACUGUGAAUUGGUUGGACUUGACAUACAGGAUGAGAUGGGCAGGCAUGAAGUGGGCCACAUUGACAACUCGAUGAAGAUCCCACUGAACAGCGGGGCUGGCUGCCGUUUUGAGGGGCAGUUCAGCAUCAACAAGGUCCCGGGCAACUUCCAUGUGUCUACACACAGUGCCACGGCCCAGCCGCAGAACCCGGACAUGACCCAUGUCAUUCACAAGCUCUCCUUUGGGGACACACUGCAGGUCCAGAAUGUCCAUGGAGCUUUCAAUGCCCUCGGGGGAGCGGACAGACUCACCUCCAACCCUCUCGCCUCCCAUGACUACAUCCUGAAGAUCGUGCCCACGGUGUACGAGGACAAGAGCGGCAAGCAGCGGUACUCCUACCAGUACACGGUGGCCAACAAGGAAUACGUAGCCUACAGCCACACAGGCCGCAUCAUCCCCGCCAUCUGGUUCCGCUAUGACCUUAGCCCCAUCACAGUCAAGUACACAGAGAGACGGCAGCCUCUGUACAGGUUCAUCACCACGAUCUGUGCCAUUAUCGGUGGGACCUUCACUGUUGCCGGCAUUCUGGACUCCUGUAUCUUCACAGCCUCCGAGGCGUGGAAAAAGAUCCAGCUGGGCAAGAUGCAUUGACGACCUGCCGGCCCAAUGGCCGAGGACCCAGGGAGACCACCAGCCCUGCUCCCAGCGCCCCGUCUCCUCCUGCCCUCUUAUCUGGCCCAGGAUCUGGCUGCAUCCCAAAGUGGGGGUGGGGGGAGGUGGGGCGUGGCUCACGAUUUUGCAGCUACCUCCUUUCCCCACCUUUAAUUCUACACGAAUUACACUGCCAGAGAUUGUGGUGCCCCCUUUUCUUGGGGGAGCCCCAAGACCAUAAUCAGGCAAAGGGGGGCAGUUCGGGGAUAUUGGGGACCACUCCUUGGAGGGCUGCAGUUCCUUCCCUCUUAGGGGAACAGCCCAGAAUCCAUCGUCGACCAGCUCACAGCCAGGCUUUGACAAUCUUGAAGCUCCCGCCAUUUGGACGCACGAAUCACUUGGUUUCUCCUCUGGGGAACCAGCCUGCAGACCGGGGGUCUCAGCUUUGGACCACGCUGCCCCCAGGGACCUCCACUCUGCGCCUUCAGUAAGGAUGGUACUUCCCAGGCAAGUCCCUGGGGUGUGGCGCUACAGGUGGAACCCUCGCUUUUGCCCCAUCCCUUCUUGCCCAUCACAGAGCUCAGGCUCAAGUCCCUCACCCCCUCCCGUUUCUUUUUCUCCUGAGAAGCAGAUGCCCAGUUGUUGGGUAGCAGCGGUGGAAACUCAGGUCUGCCCGUUGGAAACUGGGCGGGUGGCAAGUUCUUCUUCCUCUCUUCACUUUGUUUCUCUGAACCCCGUACCCUCCCCCCCCCCCCCACCAAUGUGCCUCAGCCCCUGUGCUGUGUGGCAACAGCAUCUCUUGGUGGAGGGGCUGGUUGUAACUGGGGAAUCAUCCUUUGAAAACCAGACAUGGUUUGUGCACUCAUGUCCAGUCGGAAGGCAUCCUUCUCUGCAGCCCUGAAGUAAUCAUGUCUCACCCUCUCCUGGACAGUUGCCAUCAGUCCCAGGGCCUUAGGUGGGGGAAGCAAAGCAGAGCAGCUCUUCUCCUGUCUUUGGACAUCUAUCUUCCAGGCUCCCAAGGGUGCACAGCGCUCACACUUCUCUGCAGCCCUCUUGCCACUGAGUUCCCCCCAUGGGGGGGGUGGUUCUUGGUCCCUGGGGCAGCCCCAUUGUCUCCCCAUUUGCUCCUGAGGUGGGUCCCUACCCUGCUGCUCACCCUCAUCCUUCCCCUUCAGUCCCGAAAGGGAGCAGGGAGCGGCAAUGGUCCAGGGGCGAAAUCCACCCAGGGAAUUUUAGGUAUGCCCUGUGUCCCAGGGAGAGAGCGCCUGCCUGUUUUCCAUUUAUAUCAAGAUUGUUUGCAUACUUUUGUAAUUAAGGGGAGUGUCUGGUGGAAGUUUUUAAAUGAUCUCUAUGGAUAGCUCAAGUCUCUGCCAUUUGUAAUUUUGGGCUCUGGAUUCCAAUUAGAAAAGUAGUAUCUCCUUUUGCAUAGGAGUUGGCUGAUGUUGUGAGUGUAAACUGCAUUUGGUUCUCUCUGGUAUUUGUGGACAACUUGGAUGGAAUUUUUUUUUUUUUAAUCUUCUGUUCCCCAGUUACAGAAAGGAGUCUCUUUGGUGUGUGAUACCUGCACCUUUAGAGGGUGGGCAGGGUGGGGCGGGACAAUGUGUGGCAUGCACAUGAGUUGUAAUUCCACUUUUUGCUUUUUUUAAGAAAAAUAAAAAACAACUCUUGAGGACAUGGGGGAUGUCAGUUUCCUAUGGAAGAGACACCUCUGACCUGUUAUUCUUAGAUACAAUCUCAAGGGAAAAAAUGGUUUAGUACUUUCUCCACUCAUUGGGUUCAACUAGAUUAAAAGGCUGAUUUUCAGAA